UGGAACAGUCUCUCGCGCCGACAGUGGUGGAAUCGAACGUCCCCGAGCGCACACGGCGUAGAGGAGAGUACGGCGCACGAGUCUCUGGAAGGAAGAUAACGGUUUCUUUUUUGCCCCCCUCUCCGCUCAAACAGCAAGAACAAACCAAACCUGAAUUUUUAGGGGGGUUUGCAGAGUCUUCUCAUCACAAGGAGGAGGGAAGCGAGGGAUUGGAGCCGCAAGUUUUUUUUCUUUUUCAUUUUUUUUUCUCCUUUUCCCUAAAAAAAGGAUUCUGUGUUUCGCGGUGGUUUGUUCUCCGCUCUCGCCGCAAAGAUGAUGGUCGGAGAGGUCGAAGUGAAGGAGCGACCGAGGCCGAGUCCCGACUAUUUGAUGCAAUUAUUAAACGAGAAGAAGCUUAUGACCAGUUUGCCAAAUCUCUGCGGCAUCUUCACACACCUGGAAAGGCUUCUCGAUGAAGAAAUCAACAGAGUGCGUAAAGACAUGUACAGCGACACAGUGAAUGGCCUUGUGGACAGACACCCUCUGGAGCUGCCUGAGCCUGUCGGACCCAUUGUCCAUCUGCAGGAAAAACUGUUUGUGCCUGUCAAAGAGUACCCUGAUUAUAACUUUGUGGGGAGAAUCCUUGGCCCUCGGGGACUCACAGCCAAACAGUUGGAAGCAGAGACGGGAUGCAAAAUCAUGGUGCGAGGCAAGAGCUCCAUGAGAGACAAGAAGAAGGAGGAGCAGAACAGAGGGAAGCCAAACUGGGAACACCUAAACGAAGACCUUCAUGUCCUGAUCACAGUGGAAGAUUCGCAGGCCAGAGCUGAGAUCAAGAUGAGGAGAGCAGUGGAGGAGGUCAAAAAGCUCCUCGUACCUGCCGCGGAGGGAGAAGACAAUUUGAAGAAGAUGCAGCUGAUGGAGCUAGCAAUUCUCAAUGGGACAUACAGAGACAACAACAUCAAAACACCCACCCUUGCAUUCUCUCUUGCAGCAGCGGCAGCAGCCGCUCAGGGCCCCCGUCUCAUAGCGGCCCCUACGGGUCAGGUGUUGCCUCCCCCAGCGCUCCGGCCCCCAACGCCAGCUGGGGCCCCGAUCAUGAACCUCAUCCGGCCCACUCAGAUGGCUGCCAUGCUGCCCAAUGGCACCCCCACCUUGGUGCCUCCCACACCGGAUGGCGGGCUUAUCUACACCACCCCCUACGAGUACCCCUACGCCCUGGCACCCACCUCCCUGCUGGAGUACCCCAUCGAGCACAGUGGGGUUCUAGGUAAGAGAGCCUGGGGAAGCAUGGGUGCAGCAGGUACAGCGGCCAACUUUAGCCAGCCUGGACAGGAGGGCAGCUUGUUUUACCCCGGAGCUGGGGUGCUGGACGCGGCUUCCAUGAGCCACAGUCAGGACUUGUUGAAAGGUGCAAUGGCUACUAAAGUGAGACGGCAUGACACGCGGGUCCAUCCUUACCAAAGGAUUGUGACCGCUGACAGAGCCGCCACCGGCAACUAACACAUGACCUUCUGACCUCUGAACUCUUCACCCAAUGACGAGCCGCCCCAAGCCUGCCUGCUGAUCAGUUAACUGGUAAUUGCCUUUUGCUAGCCUCUCGGACGCAAGUGAGAAAGAGAGAGGCGCCUGCCCAUACAGUUGCCCUAACACGUUCUGACAAAAAAAAAAAAAAGAAAAAAAAAUAUUAAAAAAAAGAAAAAAAAUAGAACCAACGCAGAAACACAACAAAACCCAACAACGAGUUGUGUAAUAUUCAUUUUUUUUCCCUCUGUUCAUUGAGUUCAAUUCCCAUUCUUUCUCUUUCUUUUUCUUCAUGAAUCAUACACUGGGUGGAUGCGUUUGUGGUAUUACUCAUGAAUCUGCACUGAAUUAUAUAGCAAUAAAGACCCCCACCCUAACCUGCCCACCCACCCUCCUGUAAUCGCUCUAAUUUGGUGACCUCACUUGUAUGAAUCAAAGUUCAAUCUCUAUUUGACGCAGACCAUUUGGUAUUUGGUUUCAGAGUAAUGACACCCCCCCCCCCCCCUCCAAUCAAAUGUUAGAGGCCCUACCUGCUCCCACCCUGUUCUGACCACCCACCUACUGGGAGAGAAAAAGAAAUAGAAGGAAAGAGAACAUACACUCACAUUAACUUGUUUAAUUUCUGUCAUUUUUCACAUGUAGUGCAGUUGUUGAGCUCUAAGAUGUAAUUAUGAGCUGACACAUUCUGGGUGUGCACCUCCAAACAGCUUUCUGUCUGUUUUUAAAAAGCAUGGCUGAAAUGUUUGCAAAAUGAGCUUUUUAUGAUUUAUGUGUGUGUGUGUUUUGUUUUUGUUUUUUUUUUUUCUUCUGUCUUGAUUUUAUUUUAUUUUUUACUUAUACUUUUUGAGUCAUUUUCUCCACUUGAUUUUGGUUUUUCUGUUGUUCAUAUUUGACUAAUUAGCUCUGCUUAAACUGACUAGCCAAAACAAGGCAGGUGGUAAACGAAACACAACGUUAUGUUUGAAGCAGGCUGCAGAAAGUAAGAAAUGAUGAUGGGCAAGAUGGGAAGGUCACUAUUUGGGUUGAUGAGUCUGUGUGUGUGUGUGUGUGUGUGUGGGUGGGUGUGAGAGUGCGUUUUUAAUUAAUACUACAAUGAAAGUAGGGUGUGCUGAGGCUUCGGGGACAUUGGAGGAGUAGUGCUUAUUAGCUACUGACCAUUGCUAGCCCCCCCCCCCCAUCCACACUACAUCCAUCAUACAGUGCCUGAUGUAUUUAGAAACAAUAUCUCUGAUGAGUUAGCUGAGCUGUGAUUGAAAACACAAAAAAAAAAAAAGUAUUAAGUGUGCAUAUUUAGCCAAAGGGUUUUCCAAUGAUUUAUAUAUCUGCAAUUAUGCAUCUGUCUCACAGAGGGCUCUUUGUGAUUUUUAGAGAUUGGAAAGGUGUGAAUUUGUGGUGCCUGCAUUGAGCUGGAACAGACAGCCAGUUAGUUAGAUGAUUUUUCACCUAUUAAUACUCGAUUUGUCUUUUUUCUCUGAGGAGGUGAAUGCAAUUAACACUAAAUGAACAUGUUACUAAACAGCAGUCAAUUGCUGGGGGCGGGAAGGGCACUUUGACAUUCUGUACAUAAAUGCUUUUGUCAUGAUACCUGGCUUCCAUAUUGAGUUGUUUCAUCAGCCAUAUUGCCAAAAUAGUGUUUUAUUUGUUUGUAUUUCAUUUUUGCAUCUCAACAUUUGGCCAUAUUUUUUUUAAAGGGUAUUUUAAUUUUUAUCCCCAAUUAAAAUCUUAGUUGAGGAAUCAGAUGGGUGUAAUCUAAGCCCUCUGCAAAUUAGAAGAAUUUUGUUUUUAUUUUUGUUUUUGAGUGAUGAAACAUUUAUUUGAACACGUGACAAACCAUCCGAAAGCGCAUCCACAAUGUGUCACACCUCCCUGUGAUCGUCUAGUUCCUGAGCCCACAAUCUUUUGUUCGACUCUCUCAAGAAAAAAAUAGGAUGUGAAAGCCAUGCCUGCCUGUUCAAAUUGCUUUAUACAUACGUCUUAUAUAUAUAUAUAAAUAUAUAUAUAUAUAUAUAUAUAAAUAUAUAAAAAUGUAGAUAUCUGUCAUUGCAUAUACAAAUACAGAAGAGAACAAAACAUAGAUAAUUUUACAGGGUGCUGGAGAAGAGAAAAAAAAUGAAAAAUCUAUUUUUGGCAAUUUUAGCUUUUGAUACUUUACUUGCAGUUACAAAAUCUGAAAAAAAUCACAUAAAAAAAGUUUAAAACAGUAUAGGGGGAAACCAGAAAAACUGAGUGGGUGAGGAAAAAAAAGUGCUGUUACCUUGGAUAUGAUUGGAAGGAAAGAAGAAGACCAAAACAGUCAUAACCUUUGAAAAGCUGGCGAGGAUCAGAGACAGACGCCUGGAGAGUUUUAAAAGGAUCAAAUCAAAGUGCCUUAUCAACUGUGGUUUCUGUUUUCUGAGUAUUCCAGUUGUGUUCAAUAAUAUCCAGCACCCACCAAGAUGGCGCAGAGAGGAAUGGCUAGUGUUACACGCUCUGAAUAGUUGAGCAGGGUAGCUCCCACCAUAUCGUGGUGUUACCGAAGUUAUUCUAUGCAAAAAGAAUAGCAGUCGUUUUGACCAGCUAAAAUAUGUGCCAUGGUUUUGUCUUCCUGAAAUUUAUUUUAUAUUUUUGUUUUUCCUUGACUCGAUGGCCCUUUACCCUGCUCUAUAUGCAGGUUGUGUUCUUUUUAUUUAGACGAUUUUAUGAUCAUAUGAAAUAUUGUCUUGAUUUGUUUUGUUUUUUUUUUUCUUCUGGUGACUGUGACUAACUUCCUAGAACAAAUUGAACUGCCAAUAGCAAUGCAGUAGUCUGCCAGAACAUGUUCUGAUCAUGAGCUGAGAAAAAUACAAAGCAUUCAAGGGAAUGGAUAUGUAAAAGGGUGGAGGGGUGGGGAGUCGUCCCUGGAGGCGUCAGGCUCGUUUGUUUCAACAGCUGCAAACUGAAAGCAUCCAGUCCAUGUCUCUCGAUGUCAAUUUGACAACAAACUAUCAAUACAAUCACGAGAUUGAUAUUAGACAAAAAUGAAAUGCUGGAUAAUGAGACAAGCAAGUCUAUUUCACAGCCAGAUCGUUUUCAGUGGUUGAAACAACUGACAGAUUAUUGCUGGAAGGCGAAAUCAACUCAUAACAUUAAAUUGAGGAGUUCUUAGAUCCCAGCACUACCCUUGGCAGUUUGUUUUUCCUAUUCAUAGCUCUUUCAUCAUGCUGUUACACCGAAAGGUCAAUGAAUUUAUCUUUUUUUUUUUCUCAGUGUUAUUAUUUUAAAUUGAAAUGCAAUAUUAAAGUGGAGCAAGAGAUGGCUAUUCAGCAUUUGACAGUAUUAAGAAAAUUCCCUCUGCAAUGUUACAACUUGCUGUGUCAUUGUGAAAGGCUGGAUAAGUCCAUCAGGUGAAAGGUUAACUCUAUACCUACCGUAUUCUCUCUGGCCUGCCUACUACAUGUAUGAUAAUGUAAUUAACAGCAGCCAUUGUUACAGGUUUAUAAUGUAUUUUUCUAAUCUCAUUUUGUAUGUAUAUUAAUCAUGUUUCUGAGUGCUUUUCUUUCUUUUCUUUUUUUUUUUUUUAAAUGAAACCCACUGCACCCCAAACACCCCCCCACCCCCCACCCCCACCUUCUCUUUUACAUCUCGAAAAACUGUCUCUUGUGGGGAGUGUUGCCUUUUCCCUGUUAUAUUUUGUUUUGGUUUUUUUUUCUUGCAAAUUCCCAGCUUGUUUAACUCAUUAGCUACUUUAUUAGUUUUCUUGUCAUAAGUAUUUUUACAUGCUUGCAUUUAGUUUUCAUGGUGUAUGCUGUUAUUUUUCUUAUUAACCUCUUGGCAUUUAUUUUAAUAAAACAUUCUUAGUAAGAAUUUUACUAACUUGCUGAUAUUUUGUCUUGUGUUUUUAACCAGUUUCAUGAAUGUAUUACCUUGGUCUGGUUCACGGACUAACACAAUUAAAACUGGUGUCUGGCCACCACUUACACUGACUGACUGACACGCACACUACCGAACCGCGCACAUACGCCCUACACGCAAUCACUCAGCGCACACGCACACACAGACACAGACACACACACACACAACCUAACUGGAAACUGCACGAGUUGAUAAGCGUCCCUCACUGCCGCUCACGCACUCUCACCUCUGUGCUGGAGAAAUCUGCUGACACUCUUCAUACCUGCCCUCCCCGCUCAGUUCCAGCACUGCUGCUGUGUCUCGUCGCCUCUGUUAGAGACAACUCUCUUGUUAGUUGUCCUGUCCUUCUGUGUCACUGACCCGUCCAUCCCGUGAGAUGACAGGAGGUGUCGGGGGGUGUAGGUGGGUUGCGGGAGGGGAGGGCGUAAGCUGCACGUUACUUGAGGUCGCUUGUUUAACUUCUGGGUGAGCUGUUUCCUCUUUAACAAAGCGCACUCUGAUUUUUAAAAUGGUGAUCUCUCUGCACACGAUGGUUAAAGCCUAAUCCCUGAAGAUAAAACUCCAUUUUCCUCUUUGUCUAACCAUUAGUUAGUCAGGAUAAUCUGUGCAAAAAAAAAAAUACUGCAUAUUGGUCAUCUCAUAGAGGAUUACUUGUACUGUGAAUUAUGCAGAGCAGGACAUCUCAUCUCAGCACACGUUAUAGAUGCAGCGAGUUAUUUACAACACAAACUCGGGGUAAAUUUAAGGAUGACAGUUGCGUGAUAGAGGAAUUCUGUCCCCCCGCCUUUUCCCCCACCCUUUUCCUCCAUCGCUGCCACGGUUGUUAUGCCUGGAUAGCAGCAUUACAGUUAUCACCAGCUGUUGUCUGUUUGGCGAACACUUCUCCCCAUUCAGCUUAUUGAUAUAAUAGCUAAUACUGGGCCAUUUGGGAGCAUCCAUAAUGCUUAGACACACACCAGUACACCAUGCCAAUAUGAAGUACUUUGGGAUCAAAACAGCCUUACUAUUCCUUGCAGUGUAAAGUGCUGAUAUGGCUGUCAGCUAGCUCGUAUUUAUUGUUUUUUGGGGUCUGGAACGCUGCCACUAUGUGCUGUUCAUUCUACUGCUGUGUCAGUGCACUUGUCCCUGGGUUCAUUCAGCCCUCUUCUCUCUUCAGCUUUCUUCUUCCUCCUCCACUAAUUCAAGGUAUUGACACUGACACACAAGCAAAAGAUUAACUUCAUUAAUCCCAAUUAUUACUUUAACCCACUGAGUGAUGCCUCUAGAUUUUUUUUUCUUCUUCUCUUUCCUCCCCCACCCUCCUUCCCCCCUCUUUCCUUUUUUAAAUCUGCACAACAAAAGCAACUUGGCCUUAAAUGAUGCAAAUUCUUUUUCAUGUCUGAACAAGCAAAGAAGAAGGAUUAAAAGUGUCUAACAUCAAACUUAACAUUUUCUCCUGUCUGGAAUUAACAUUUUAUGUCUUGGAUCUGAAACGGGUGUUUUCACCUGCUUUGUACACCAGCAAGUAGAGAGAUUGGAUUACUGGCAGCCAACUCAAAUUGUUUUCCCUCCUUCUAUACUUCUGGUGUUGUGAGCCAUACGCUUUUUUUGUUUUAUUUAUUAAUGUAGCUUUGGCCUUUUAAUGUUUUUGAUUGGCUCCUUCGUGCCAUAAUGAGCAACUUGAGCUAAAAUCCGUCCAUUAGCGGUCAGUAUAUUGACACCAUCGCAGACUUGGCCUUUUGUACGUCAGAAAGGUUUUCUGUGGCCCAUCUCAACCACCAGGCUGAUGACAAACACUCUAAGUGGCAGGUUAUGUUUUCACAGCACAAUGUAUAACAAACACUGCCGAAAAUAUCGCAUCUGUGAGCUUAAACAAGUGCCUUUUCUCCUGAGAUUGGGAAAUUAUAUAUUUUUGUACUCUUAUCUUUCAAGUGCCAAUUUUCUGUCUCCCUUUAUCUCGCCAAAAGCUCUUUGUUGAGCACAAAAACUAAAUGCCCACGCUUUUUUUUUUUGUACAUAAAAAGAAAAAAGAACUGGGAAAGUUUGACCAAAAUUUGGGACAUACAUUUCCCACCAUUAAACUUCGGUUUAAUGAGUCCUGUUCUGAAUUUGAUUGGCUGAGAACUUGAUUGGACCACAGUAUGCGGUAAACGUCCGUUUGCAUACUGCUGCCGCCUCUGGCCGAGUUCUCGGCUCCUUCCCAAAUCUGUCGCAGGGCAUUCAGUGUAUUUAUCUACUAACUACCCUUUCACCUGUCAAUCUUUUUAUUUUUCCUCUGCUCUGUUUAACAAACAUUCCUCCAAUGAGUUAAACGGCAGGUUAACCAAUCAGUAUUGGUCUCAGCGAUGUAGCACUCAGGUGGUUAAAGGGCAAAUGCUACCAAAAUAUAGAAUGAGAAAAAUUUUAGCCCCACUGGAUUUUUUUUCUUCUUUUUUCUUUUUUCUUCUUUUAUUUUUUGGACUGUGAUAAAAUUAUAAUACAUUUUAUUUCCUAAAAUUAUACUAGUAUGUUAUAUACUGUAAGUUCCUCAUCCAUAUAGUGGUGCACUAAAAUCUGUGAGAUUUUUUUUUCUUUUUUUUUUUUUUUGUGGAGUUGUAAGUUUUUAUGUGAAGUAGCCUUUAUUUUAUUUUGUGUUACCAUGUUUUUAUAGCGGGUUAGACUCCGAAUUUUGAAUAGGGUGUAAAACAUGUAAUGCCAGUUUUUGUUGCUCACACCAAAAAAAAAAAAAAAAAAAAAAAAAAAAAUUAAAAAGGAAAACAAAUGUGUCAUGUGUGCAAUAAAGAACCAUAUUUACAAGCUUC